AUGGAGAGAAAGAAUGGCUCAACUACAGGUUUUCUUGAUCAUUCUGACCAGCCUCAGUGCCACAUGAAUAUGUCAUUUGGAAACGAUGCCUAUCAGAUUAAGAUGACCCACGUGACAGCAGAUUGCACUACUCCAGGUUCUGUUGAUCAUUCUGACCAGCCUCAGUGCCACAUGAAUACGUCAUUUGCAAACGAUGCCCCUCAGAAACAGAUGACCCACGUGACAGCAGAUUGCACUACUCCAGGUUCUGUUGAUCAUUCUGACCAGCCUCAGUGCCACAUGAAUACGUCAUUUGCAAACGAUGCCCCUCAGAAACAGAUGACCCACGUGACAGCAGAUUGCACUACUCCAGGUUCUGUUGAUCAUUCUGACCAGCCUCAGUGCCACAUGAAUACGUCAUUUGCAAAUGAUGCCCCUCAGAAACAGAUGACCCACGUGACAGCAGAUUGCACUACUCCAGGUUCUGUUGAUCAUUCUGACCAGCCUCAGUGCCACAUGAAUACGUCAUUUGCAAACGAUGCCCCUCAGAAACAGAUGACCCACGUGACAGCAGAUUGCACUACUCCAGGUUCUGUUGAUCAUUCUGACCAGCCUCAGUGCCACAUGAAUACGUCAUUUGCAAACGAUGCCCCUCAGAAACAGAUUCUUGCACAGCACACAUGGGAACAUCCCCCUCAGAGACACAUGCUGGGGGGAUGGUGGGAGCUGGUGGGUGCCGGUGGGUGCUGGUGGCUGCUGGUGGGAUCUGGUGGGUGCUUGUGGGUGCUGGUGGUGUGCAGAGCAGAGGUGGGGGUGGGGCAGGGUAGAUGCAGCGCUCACAAACUCAAACAGAAUUAUAAAACAGACCUCUGCACUUUACAGGCGCGCUCUGCACACGGCUCUCUCCCAGCGUGUCCUCAGAAGAUGGAAAGAAGAUUGUUUGCUUAG